GAAUUUUCAAUUUUCAAUUAGUUCCUUUAGCAAGCUUUUCCACUCACGCGCGUCGCACUUCCAAAACAAAAACAAUAACAAUAACAAAAGCAAAGCCAUUCAUUCCAUUUAUUUCCUUCAUUCUGUAAUCCAAACUUUCGAAUUUCCACAUUUCAAAUUCCAAUUCCAAUUCAUUCAGCGACGACAAUGGAUGGACAUGAUUCAGAUGAACCUAAGCAAAAUACCACUGAUAUGGCUGCAUUUGUGCAAAAUCUUCUUCAGCAAAUGCAAACCAGAUUUCAAGCUAUGUCUGAGGGCAUUGUGACAAAAAUAGAUGAGAUGGGUAAUCGUAUCGAUGAACUAGAGCAGAGCAUUAAGGAUCUGAAAGAAGAAAUGGGACCAGAGGAGUCUCCCUCUCCAGUGCCAGCCUCGAAAUCUAAGCCUGAUGAUUCCAAGCCAGAGGAUUCUUCUAUUAACACCGAAUGAAGUCAAUCAAGGAUUCAAGGUGCCUACUUUCCAUUGGUUGUUUUUGGGAUCUCACUAUGUUCUGAUAUUAACAUUUCUCAAGAAAUUUGUUCUUGAAUCAAUGCUAUGAAGUUUGAACCAUGUGUGUCACUGGAGAUCUAUUGUGUGUAGCUUAGUUGCCUGUUUAGCAGUUACCAAUAUUCUUGACUUGAUGUGUGAAGAGGUGAUAGUUAAUGAUCUAUUGUAUCAUAAGGGAGUUCGCAGCCCUUGAUAUCUAUCCUUGAUAUAUGAAGCAAAUGUCUCGGCUACUAGCACCAUCUUGUUCUUUCA